AUGUUUUACACCGGCGAUAUCAAUAGCGGGAUCAGCAAAGCUUUAGCGGAAUCUAAACUUGUUGCAUGUUUCGUAACGAAUGGUAACGAAGAAAGUAAACUCUGGGAAGAUGAUUUCUUAAGAGAUUCCGAGUUAAGUUCUCACCUACAAGAAAGAACGGUUUUGUUGCGUCUCAGUGCUGGUUCUGAAGAAGCCAACUAUCUCGCUGCAAUCUUUCCUAUUCCAAAAGCACCAACUCUGGUUGCUAUACGGAAUGGAGAACUCAAAGAAUACUUAAGUGCAGGCAUAUCCAAAGACGACUUUCUAACGCGAUUCAAGAAAGCUUUGGAUUCUACAUCUAACCAGAGGAAUGUCGAGAAUGAUCGCCCUGUGUCACCAAAUGGAGCGCGAACCUUAGAGAAUUCAGAACAACGUACGUCCGAAGGCCAAUUAUCGGGUGCUUCACCCACUGGGAAUCCUAACACCGGCUCUACGCCCGCUUUACAAUCCACUCGUAAUAAUGCUACUGGGCAACCGAGCUCGAGCUCUCUUCCUAAAGAUCCUAAAGGUAAAUUACCCGAAGACUCAAGGGGCACUGCGGAAGAUCACUCUAAAAAACCAUCUCAAGCGGCGGACACCGUUAGUUAUGCUGCGACUCAAAAGAAGCGUCAGCAAGAGGCCAGAGAAGAGCGAGCGCGUAUUCUUGCACUCGUUGAGAGUGACAAAGCAAGAAGACGAAACGAUGCAGGACGCAAGCCUAGCCGUAGUACUAACUCCGCAGAACAGCCAGUGGUAUCCAGCGACAAGGAUAUAUCCAUACCAACCCCGGUGUCAAAGGCGCAGGAUUGUGCCCUUCAGAUCAGACUUUUCGAUGGAUCUUCUAUUCGUUCCAGAUUUCCUAGCACCAGUACCCUAAGUGGUGACGUGAGAAAGUGGAUUGACAGUCAACAAAAGGACGACGUGCCUUAUAUAUUCAAGCACGUUUGUACGCCUUUGCCAAAUAAAACCCUCUCAAUGACCGAUGAAAGUCAACACUUGGCAUCGUUAGGUCUGUUUCCAAGCGCCACACUUAUCAUUGUUCCGGUUCAAACAUAUACUUCGGCUUAUGAAGCAACAGAAUCAAGUGGCAUCUUAUCCAGAGGGAUUGCUGCUGGAUACGGCCUCGGCGCCUGGGGUGUCAAUAGGGUAUUAAAUACUCUUGGCGGCAUUGUUGGUGGUUCAGCUGCUGCAUCGGGUACAGAACAGGUGGCCGGACCUAGCGCAUCAGCAGGAGGUAGCCGUGCGUCAAAUUUAAGAACUCUUAGAGAUCAGAAUGAUAAUGACAACCAUCAUGAGUUGUACAACGGAAAUACGCUUAACUUCGAGCCUCGGAGGGAUGAAAACGACAGGAAAGAUUGA